GAAAAGCCCGGGUCUCGCGCAGCCUGUGUGGGCACGGUAUCGGAGCGCCGCAGCAGCACACUCCUCACAGAACGUGACAGGACGGGGAGGUAUCUGGGCGGAAGACGUCGCUGGCUUAUUAGAUUUGUGCGGGUUUAUUGUGUGACACCCCUCCGUGCCGAGUGUAUGGUUCGGGCCUGGGUGUGGCGGAUCUCGGGGCCGUGUGAUACAGGCUGCAGGAGGCUGCUCCUUCUAACGGGAUCCGGGGCUGAAGAGGCGGCGGGGAGCCAGGAUCACCGAGGCGGAGGCCGCAGGCCAGGAGCGGAUCUGUUCUUGCUGUUUGUGGCCUAGGUGUGUAAUAGUUCCAGGCUUUCAAGAUGAGUGAACUGGAACAGUUACGACAAGAAGCAGAGCAGCUGCGGAAUCAGAUCCGAGAUGCCCGGAAAGCAUGCAGCGACACAACCCUUGUUCAGAUCACAACCAGUUUGGACUCCGUAGGCCGAAUCCAAAUGCGUACUCGACGCACAUUGCGAGGUCACUUAGCUAAAAUUUAUGCCAUGCACUGGGGUUCAGAUUCAAGGCUAUUAGUGAGCGCAUCUCAAGAUGGGAAAUUAAUUAUUUGGGACAGUUAUACAACAAAUAAGAUGCACGCCAUUCCUCUGCGGUCCUCCUGGGUGAUGACUUGUGCUUAUGCGCCAUCUGGAAACUAUGUAGCUUGUGGAGGAUUAGAUAAUAUCUGCUCCAUUUAUAACCUGAAAACCAGAGAAGGAAAUGUGCGAGUGAGUAGAGAGCUCCCAGGACACACAGGAUACCUAUCAUGUUGCCGCUUCCUAGAUGACAACCAGAUCGUCACGAGCUCUGGAGAUACAACUUGUGCUUUGUGGGAUAUAGAGACUGGACAGCAAACGACCACCUUUACCGGACACACUGGAGAUGUGAUGAGCCUGUCUCUGAGCCCUGACAUGAGGACCUUCGUCUCUGGUGCUUGUGAUGCUUCCUCUAAGCUGUGGGAUAUUCGUGAUGGCAUGUGUAGACAGUCUUUUACUGGCCACGUUUCUGAUAUCAAUGCAGUCUGCUUUUUCCCCAAUGGGCAUGCAUUUGCCACUGGAUCGGAUGAUGCCACUUGCCGGCUGUUUGACCUGCGUGCAGACCAGGAGUUGAUGAUGUAUUCCCAUGACAAUAUCAUCUGCGGAAUCACCUCCGUAGCUUUCUCAAAAAGCGGCCGCCUGUUACUAGCAGGAUAUGAUGAUUUCAACUGCAACGUGUGGGACACUUUGAAAGGCGAAAGGGCAGGAGUCCUUGCUGGCCACGAUAACCGCGUGAGCUGUUUAGGUGUAACCGACGAUGGCAUGGCUGUAGCUACAGGGUCUUGGGACAGUUUUCUCAGAAUCUGGAAUUAACUUGGGCAAAGAAAAAUGAUCUUGUAAAUUCUCCACCGAGAUCUGGAGAGGUCAAUGCUGCAGCCUGUAGCUGUGAAAUAAUAACAUUUCUACCUUGUAUUUGCAGGUGAAGUUUUUCUAUUCACUGAUUAUUAUUACACAAAAAAAAAGGCUUUCUUUAAACUAGUACAAAAUCAAAUGAAGUCCUAGGGGUUCAAAGGGGAAAGAGCAUUGGUGACUAUUUCAAGGGGCUAGCACACAGGAUCAUGGUGACCAAGAGUCUAGGAGCCAGUCUUUAUUUUGUGGUUUGGUUAAGUUGUUUUAACCCUUUUGCUGCUAGAAAAGUCGGUUAUGUGUAAGACCUUUACAGCAGCCACACGGUUAAAAGAUUUCUGCUUUGUGCUCAAAGUCUGCUGAGUCUGUACUGAUAUUUUAUCUUUUUUUUGUACAUAAUUGAAUGUACACACUAUAGCAGCCGAUCAUGUAAUGUUUGUAUGUAAAAAAACAAAACCGAAAAAUAGAAAAAACAAACAAAUAUGAAAUGCCUUUUUUAUUUAAAGAAUAUGAAUUGUAGCUUUUUUGAGCGCCACAAUAGUUUAGUGAUAAAUAUACUUGAUUGUUGUUUUUGUUUUUAUUUUUUUCCUCUUUGUGAAUUUGCUGUGGAUGAAAUGAAGUCAUUGCUUUGUAUUUGUAUCCAUACGGUUGUAGUAUAUCUUCACGUUUUUAGGCAGGCCAGUUUUUAACCUUGCCCCCUUCCAUUGUUUGGCCUAAUGGGACAGCGAACCUCUGGUGUUGUGUACUGAUGCCUUUGUGCAGUCCAAGUAAUAUGCAGGAAAAUCCAAUCUGCUAUUCUAGUUUCUGACUUGAAUGCACUAAUGUAAAUUGCUAAACUUUCCAUCUACCUGCACUGAAGAAGAAGAAAAAAAUACUUGAAAUUUCUUUCUUUUUUUUUUUAAACCCAAUGAAAAUUGAGACCAAUCCAACCUAAAGCCCUAAUAAGAGUCUAGAGUCGGUAACACAGACUUCCUGUCACUUCUAGCCAGAGCACCCUGAUCAUAUACACGAUACUGUAGGCAAGUCGGACUAUUGAAACCCUGUGUUGUAAGUUGUGAUGCGUCAGACCCUUUGUAUAAUUGUACAGCCAACACCUCUCCAGUGUAGCGCCACGUGUCGCUUUGUUUUGUGUUAGCGGCACAGAAGUGAUACCCCAGAUUCUCCAGAUAAAUCCAGCGUCCAAGUCUCGGCUUCCCUCAGUUGGAGAAUGUGACGGCCUGUUAAAUUUAGAUUUUAUAACGUAAUACAGUCUGAUUCCUUCCCUUGGAGCAUCCAGUGCCAAAUCAGUUUGUCCUUCAGUAUCGGGGUGUACUUCCUACAGGUUGUACUGGCAGCCACUUUAUUUGAUAUGCCAGGUUGUGAGGCGAGAAAAUGGCUGCAUGUACCGUGGGUAGGCGACCCGUUUAUGGGGGUAGGCAGCCUUUGUGAUGCACUGUGCCUUCUGUCACAUUUCUUCUCAAAAGUGCCAAUAAAUACCAGGCAGAUCACACUAUUAAAAUUUCGAUUAUUUUUUUUUUUUGCACAAGUAUUCUAUUGAUAAUUCAGUAUGGAGGACCAAAUUGCGAGCGGGAUAUUCAGUAUUCUCUGCAUAGUUUAGAACCGUUUUUCUGCUUUUUUUUUUUUUGCCAGCUUUUUUCUUUGUUCUGGUUACUAAAGGAAUGGGAGAAGUUUUGACAAGUUUGACCAUAAUGGUGUUCCCUUUGAGCACAACAGUUUUUUUUUUUUGAGACCAAACAGACUUCAGCACAUGACAUAAUGUGUAUCCCCGUGAAUGGUGAUUUCUCAGUGCACUUAACCAUGCUGCAAAGUCCUGACCACGCGUUAAUCUGGCGUCAUUUGUAAAAUCCGCAGAUUCUUCUGCUGUCGGAAAGGUAGAUCUGUUUGUGACGGGGAGCAGUGGGAAAAGUGAUUCUGUGUGAUCAGGUCUUGUACUUUGCUAGUUAGAAUAACCAGAGCACCAUUUUUCAGUAUAGGUCUCCUAGUAUGUUCUAAGGUGGAAAGUGAGACAUUGGACACCAAGGAUAAAAUACAUUUUCAGUUUCCCAUACACUAACCGUGCCAGGUGUGUCGUAUCUGGGUAUAGUAGUUUCUAGAGAUUGUACUUCCCGAUCACCAAGGUACCCACCACCUGCUCUUGUGAGACUUUUGACACCUACAAAUUGUUCUACUUGUUCUGUGUUUUUUUUUUUUUUUUUUUUUAAGAUAACUUUGGGGAAUUCACUAUGUGCCAAUAUAUAACCCUUUGUAUUAAUGCCAACUGUAAUGUAUUUUAUUUGCCUGCCUUUUAUGUUUACUUGUCGCCUUUGUGCAAUGGAAAUGACCUCUGUGCAGCCUGCACCUAUAGGCACAUUGUCCUUAUACCUGUCGUCGCUGGGGCAGCUCUUCUGUGGAAGGAACCCCUGUUACCGUGUCAAUUCAUGGGGAGAAGUCUGCCCCAUCAUUGAUUUCUAGUGAAUUGAUGGGCAGGACUGGGGUGAUCCCACAGCACGGCUGGCCCAGCGCUUGCGCAGAUGCCUUUUUAAUGACCAUAUGAGCGUGAAGGAACAUCACGUUAUCACAGCCUGUAGAAAGUUGGUGUGUACUACCUUACCUUCUAUGCUGUGCUUCAGUGCAUGGUGGAGCUGGCAACAUUGUGCAACUACCAGGCUGUUUAUAAGUAGACUGUGCCAAUUUCCCUGCACUGGACUCUGAUCUAACUGUCUUAUGGUCCACCCAUCUGCGACGUAAACUGAAGUGGCGAAAAUGGCCACAUGCUUCUUCCUCCUAGGACAAAGAAGACCACUUUCUCUAUUUGACUUGAGUGGAACUGUAGUCUGCAUCAUCCAUACACUGCACUUUCCCCUGUCAGUAUAAACUGCUCACUCUAGAUUACAUUCCAACACUCUAAUGAAAGAGACUUGCAGCUGUGAGGUUGAAGUACUGUAUUCACGCAGUUUGGCGACGGCAGACUGCUUUACAUCCUGAGCUGAAAUUUUCUAGUUGAGUGACAGAAUGAAAGACUGCGUUUGUGCAAGUAAUGAAGCAUGGGUUAAUGGCGCACCUUGUAUACAUACUCUGGCAUGCAUGCUAGUGAAAUCUCUUCCUAAGUUUCGAGGCACCACCGGCCUCGUCUCUCUUCUAUUUUUAUCCAAUUGCUGGUUGUAUAAAAUACAUGCAGAAUGUUUAAUGCCGUGUCGUAUGGUAAUAUGUGCAAACAGUGUACUGAUUGAUAUAAAAUGAUUAAACACAUUACAUGUGCCUCACAAAUUCUUCUACCACACAGUGUGCUAGGGUUCGAGUUAAUAUGGACUUCAGUGGAGAGUAGCUCUAGAUCUUUACGGCCUUUUAUUGCUUUCUUUACAUAGUGGUGCUUAAUCCUGUGUGUUUCUCCAUUCUGGGGGAGGGAGGGGAAAUGGUUAAAAAAACAAAAACAAAAAAAAAAAGCAUCUUUUAACAUGUGAGUUCUUACACUUUCUAUCCAUAGAAGUCCAAGGUUUAGUUGCUUUUGUUGCUGUAAAAUAUAUAUCUACACUUUCCAGGAGGACAAUUCUCACACAUUCAUUUUAUAACAUUUUUACUCAUCUGUUGCUGACAAAAGGCUUUAUAAAUAUGGAUUCUGAAUUAAUUCUGCACUGCCUUUUGGAUCGUGUACGUAUUAAGAACUGUCUUAAAGAUUUUAAGCCAAUUAAAAAAACCAGGGACGUGCCAUGCAUUAUUUUUAUUUUUUUUCUCUCCCUUUAUAACAGUCGCUGUUGUAUAAAAGAUUUCCCUGUGAAAUAAUCACUUGCUAUAAACGUUUUGUUUAUAUUUUUCCACAUUUGAUUUUUUUUUCUUUGUAUUUGUACAGUGGCUCAGUGAAACCAAUAUGUUGCCAUGAAUUGAUAUUGUAACCAAUAAACAAGUGCUUUUAACCAGA